AUGCUAUCCUCUUUGAAGUAAAUGCUACUAAAACAGAAAGAAAUUCUGGUAGUGAUUCCUGCCUUCUGUUCCUAUUACCUGGUCACUCAACACCUGAUUUCAUUCGAACUCUCUGAAGGUUAGUCGAUGCAUCCGACAGUGAAGGACGGCGAAUUGGUGGUGGUGCAGAGAGGAUUCUACAGGAUUAAAUAGGGAGACAUCAUCAUAGCAAAGUCGCCUGUGAGACCCGAUUAUACGGUUUGCAAGAGAAUAAUUCAUUUGGAGGAUGAGUUGGAUCCGAAUGGGAACAAGGUGCCUAAAAACCAUGCGUGGAUUGAAGGAGACAAUGCGAAGGUGUCUUUCGAUUCUAAGUUUCAUGGUCCCAUUCCAAUCAACUUGAUUCAGGGGAGGGUGAUUUAUUGAAAUGGAGUUUGGAUGUGAGUGAGUAUAUACUUUAUCAGUCAGUAUUAUUAAAUUAAUUUACUAA